AUGCCUUCCGCAUUCCUGUGGUUUUUCCAGCUCUUCUUUUUCGCGCUUCUCGCCAGCAGCGCUGGGCUUGUGCACCACGGCCAGGGAACCGGCCUGGCACAGGCACCAGAGGCGUGCCCGCUGUCGAGCGCGAACUCAACUGCGCACCUUCGUGGGAGGAACGCCUCUGGACCGCAGUAUUGUCCUGAAGGCGGCAUCAAGGCUGCGCGGACACCACUCCAGAUCUUUGCUGCCAAGACAAGCUUUGCAGAAGUUGGAUAUACUCGCAAGCGAAGUCAUGGCGUCACACUCCUGGUGCGAGGUCUGCUAUACGAACAGGUCGUCGAAGGCUGCAUUCUGCCAAACGUGUGGGGGCAAACUGCAGCCGUACACCACAGCCUCGGCUUGGACGGAAUCACCGAGGCGAAGGGCUAUCUCACCGCGUUCACCACGGAGAAGACAGCAACCUUUCGGCAUUCGGCAGCCGGGCAAAGGCAAGCCGCCGUGGUCGCAAAAGCAGAACAAGGGCAAGGAGAAGGGAACGAAAUCGAAUCCCUCCAACGACGAGACGCCAGCCAAGGCAGCGUCAAGUGCACCACUGGCACCCACGAUGACGGGGUUGCCACCGCCACCGACUGCACCGACGAUGACCUUCACGAGUACAUCGUCAACGGCAGCUGCUCCACCGUCGGCAGACAGACUGGCGCUUCAGCAGUUGCUCUCGGUGAUGUGCAGGAGUCAGCAGUGGAAGCCAAGGCCCUCCACAAGGCAGUGUCGGCCCAACAGAAGGCCCGACAGGAAUUGGCACGCGUACGUGCUGCUCGAGCCAACUAUCUGGCGGGUUGGAGUGCCUACCUGGGACAAAUACAGGAGCUACUGCAGAAACAGGCCGAAGAUCACGAACAAGUUUUGCAGGGACUGGACGAUGGAGAACUGCAAUGGACGGCGAGUUUGUCCACAGCCUCGAUUACGUUGCAAUCGAAAGUUGGAGCGACGGUCGGCGCCGAAGCUCUGGAAGGACUGGACGCCGAGGUUCUGGCAGAGGCACAGGCCGAAGCGACGGAAGCCAAAGUGGACGACCAGAUAGCCCUGGAGCAAGCACUCAAGAAACAGCGCACCCUGCAGAAAGAGUCGACGCAGGGACUCCUAGCUGCUGUGGAACAAGCCAGAGCAAAAGCGGAGACGGACGCAGCUGCUGCGGACAAGGAAAGGGACAGGACACCCCGCCGGAAGCUCCGGCCGCAGCCGGCACCCCACGAGCCGAUCAAUGUGUCCGACGGCGAAGAUCCGACAAAGCAGCCCCCUGGCAAGGCCUGA